AUGGCGCCGAUACUAAAGCAAAAAGAUUUAGUAGUGACGCUUAAGAAAGAGACGAUUUUGAACAUUGGGAUUUUAAAUAAGCUACAGCCAAUGCCUUCAGAGAUUCAUCGACUAACAUUUAGAGAAAAUGGACUUGAUAAACCAACUCAAAACUUGUUUAAUCAUCUUGCUUAUUAUUUAGUCAAUAUCAUCGACCCUCAAGCUUGUGCAUCAUUGCCUUGGCCUUUGUAUGACACUAAGAACGAAAGAGCAUAUAGAAAUGAGUUAUCUAAUUUUAUAAGCGAUUAUAGCAGCAAGGGACUACUCACACCAGUUAUGUCAUCAUACCUUGUUAAUCCAGGUUGUUACAAAGUAACUAUUCUUAUUUUUCAAUUAUCCCAGUUAGCCGUGCAACGUGUGCUUAUUCCUAAAAUGAAUAAAGAUCACCAGAAAAAAUUAUACAAUGAAGUCACAGAUAAAUAUAAAUUUCAUAAAGAUGACAGUUUUCUGGAAGAUAUUGAGAAUGAAACUCAUGUUAUGUUAUUGAAGUUUUCCAACUAUAUAAAGAAACGACAGACCCUGGAAAAAAUUGCAGAAUUAUUCAGAAAGAGAAUAUCAGAAAUGGAGGCUAAAUUAGAGGCAACAAAUUCACAAAAAUACAUAAAUAAUUUAGUUGAGACAUAUGUUAACAAAUACAAUCCUGAUGAAAAAGUUAAAAUGGAGUUAUUGAAAAUUAAAAAUGUUAAAGAAUCUUGUGAGAUUUUUGACAUGUGGUUAAAUGAAACUGAUAGAUUAAUGGACAAUUUAGAAUUUAAUUGGAACGAAUUAAUUACACCAUUAUUAAAUUCAGCUACUACAGCCCUAGAGAAUAGUAAAGCUUUAAUAGGCAGGCAUACAGGAGAAAUUGACAGAAGUUUGUUUACAAUAGAGUAUAACCCUCAAACUGAUGCAAUUUGUACAAAAGAACUUCAGCAUCUAGUUAACAGUGAACAGAAAUACAUUUUGAAAAACAUAGAAAAAGAUGGUCAUCUGAAUUUCCCUAACCUAGUCCGCAGCUUUGUAAUAGCUAUUUGUUUUAUUUUAAGGAACAAUGAGAUUGGAGGUGAAAUUUAUGAUUUCAAUAAAUAUUUGGAAGGAGGUCUUGAGACUUAUUCUGAAAUUACAUCUGCCAUGAAAAUAGUAAAUGAGAGAGUUUUGAAUGCAGAAUCUAAACUUCAGGUUGCCCAAGUUAAUAUGAGCCAUUCACCAUCUCAGGACAUUAUUGAAAUCCCACCUUUGCCUGAUUUAUCAAACUUAAAGUCACAUAGAGAUGGACAGUUUCUAUUUGAUUCAUUCACACCGUUCAGUCUAACAAAACAUCAAUUUAAUUUGAGAAGAAAACUGAAUUCAAAUUUCAUGAAAACGCAAACAAGGUCUUUACUGAUCAACCAAUUUACUGCUCCUAGAGAUGAUUUCCUCAAAACGCUUAUAUCCUGUAGAGUGAGUACAUAUGAUAGAUCUAAUACUACCCAAAACAUACACAAUAUGUCCGUAAUCUCGCAAGCCCACAAAGCCAAUGAAACAAUUGCUGAAUGUUCAUCUGGCUUUACCAAGCAGCAAAUUUCUAGGUUACUUUCAACUAAAAAAUCAAGCAGCUCCAAAAAGUUCAAAUAUAAGACUGAAAGGCCAGAGAUUAAGGUGAAAAAAGGUGGUUUGUUCAAUGAGUCCAUCACUUCUAAUGAGAGCAGUGGUCUGUUUCGAAGUUACUCAUCUCCUAACUUAUUCGAGAAUAGAGAUAGGAAGCCUAUAACUACGGGAAGAGCAAGAAAAUUAUCUAUAAUGCAAGAAGACAGUCCAAAUUCAAUUUUAGAAGUCUCUGGUAUAGCUGCAUUGGAUAAAAAUAGUAAUUUUAGCACGCCUCAGGGUGCUGGUGGCUUGGAAAACAUAAAAUUUGAUUUGUCAAGCCAGCCCAUUAUAUCCGUGGUAAAAGAUUCUGAAAACAGAGUAAAUAAUACUUUGAAUAACAUACAAGUUGAUUUAAAUAAGGGAAUAGGGAAUGGCUGUGUACAUUCUGAAAGUGAUGGAAAAUGUCUGGAAUUUCAAGGACCUCUAACAAAGGUUGUAACACCUAAAACAAAUGCACAGCUCAUUAACAAAACAAGUUCCUUAGAGAAAAUUAUAAAUCGAUUUAAGAAAGUCCGAGCAAAUGUUUUACAAUCAGAGUCAUUUGAAUCACCAAAAAAUAUCAAAACAAUUGUGGAAGAAAAAGAAAACAAUUUCAAUACUAUGAAUGUGGAUGUAUUUGCUGAAAAUAGGACUUUAUUGCCUGAUCUUAUAAGUCGAAGUUUUAACACAGUGCCAAAAGUAACCAUUAAUUGUACUGAUGAUAUCUGGCUGGAUAAUGAUGACAAAGAACAACCUAGGAGACCUAGAGAGAGCCUUGGUACUGCUUUAGGAGUUGACCAAACAUUCUUAGAUCAAUUUGAAUUAAUUGACUGA